AGUCGUUACGCUAAGCACAAGCCAAGCAGCGCCUGCCUUCCCGCUGCCUGAGGGUCGGAGAGCGAGGAGAGCAGAAGCGCUGCCCGUCAGCCCUCAGCCUUUCAGGCGCAGCACUAGCAGGAGCGCUGCCGGCCUCCGGCUGUGUCACCCGCCCACCGCGGCCGUGAGAGGAGGGCUGUGUCACCCGCAUCGCGGCCGGGAGAGGAGGCUUGUGGUCACGUGGUCUGCUUUCCUGGCGGGAGGCGCCUCUCCCGCGGCAAAGCAAGGCCGGCUAGUACUUCUCACUCACUCGCUCGCUCGCUCGCUCAGUCAGUCGGCGGGCGGGCGAGCGAGCGAGCAGCCGUCCGGCGGAGCGAUGGCAAUGUGGAGCGGGGCCCGGGAGGGAACCCCCAAGCGGGCACGGCCGAACAGCCUAGCCAAGGAUGACCUCCACACACCCGAGAAGCGCGCCUCUGCGUGGCCACCACCGGCUGCCGAUCCCUGCGGGCUCCACCCCCGGUCCUGGGACACCGAGCAGCUCUGCGACUUCCUCCGCCGCAGCGGCUUCGAGGAUCCGGCGGUGCUGAGCAGUUUCCGAGAAAAUAAAAUCACCGGCUCAACACUACCAUACCUUACAAAAUCUGAUCUUGAAGAAAUGGGGAUUAGAUUGGUAGGUUUGAGGCUGGAUCUUCUGAAUUUUCUACAUAAACUGGGACAAAAUCAUGCUGACAUGCUGAAGGUAUUUAAUGACCCAAUCCAUGGUCAUAUUGAAAUACAUCCUCUUCUUGUUCGAAUCAUUGACACACCUCAGUUUCAGCGUCUACGAUACAUUAAACAAUUGGGUGGCACCUACUAUGUUUUCCCAGGAGCAUCACACAACCGAUUUGAACAUUCCAUUGGAGUUGGCCAUCUGGCAGGGUGUUUGGUCCGGGCACUGCAGGAGCGACAGCCAGAGCUGGAGAUCAAUCUGAGGGAUAUUUUGUGUGUGCAGAUUGCUGGUCUUUGUCAUGAUUUGGGUCAUGGACCAUUCUCACAUAUGUUUGAUGGAAGAUUCAUCCCACUUGCUCGUCCAGGAUUAAAUUGGAAGCAUGAGCAGGCUUCUGUUCAGAUGUUUGAACACUUAAUCACUUCUAAUGAGCUACAACCGGUCAUGGAGUAUUUUGGUCUCAACCUCGCUGAAGAUAUAGAUUUUAUCAAAGAACAGAUAGCAGGACCCAUUGAAACAGAUACAAACAACUCUGGGUGGCCUUACCAUGGACGAUCUAAAGAGAAGGGCUUUCUUUAUGAAAUAGUGGCUAACAAAAGAAAUGGCAUUGAUGUUGAUAAAUGGGAUUACUUUGCCAGAGAUUGUCAUCAUCUUGGAAUCCAGAAUAACUUUGAUUAUAAACGCUUCAUUAAAUUUGCUCGCGUCUGUGAAGUAGACAAGAAGAAGCAUAUUUGUACCCGUGACAAGGAGGUUGGAAACUUAUACGACAUGUUCCAUACCCGGAAUUGCCUGCACCGCAGAGCUUACCAGCAUCAGGUUGGCAACAUUAUUGAAACCAUGAUUACAGAUGCUUUUUUAAAAGCUGAUCCGUAUAUUAGAAUAAAGGGCUCUGGAGGAAAAGAAUACAAGAUUUCUACAGCACUGGAGGAUAUGGAAGCCUAUACUAAGCUCACAGAUGAUAUAUUUCUGAAGAUUCUACACUCUGAUGAACCAGAACUGGAAGAAGCACGGGAAAUUUUGCAUAAAAUAGAGCGCCGUGAUCUCUAUAAGUGCCUGGGAGAGACGCAGCCUGAAGAGGGCAAGGAAAUUAAAAAGGAGGAAUAUGACGGGCUGCCUGAUGAAGUUGUUGCUUCCAAACCAGCGGUGCUCUCUCAAGAUGUUGAAUUAAAGGCUGAAGACUUCUUAGUCGAUGUUAUCAACAUGGACUAUGGAAUGAAAAAGAAGAACCCCAUCAAUAAAGUUCAUUUCUACUGCAAAUCUGAUGUCACUCAGGCGAUCAAAAUUUCUAAAGAACAGGUUUCAAAACUUCUACCAGAGAAAUUUGCGGAACAGCUAAUCAGGGUUUACUGUAAGAGAAUGGAUGAGAAUGUUAUCGAUGCUGCAAAAAAAUAUUUUGUUCAGUGGUGCGUUAACAGGGAUUUUACUAAACCAAGGGAUGGUGAUGUGAUUGCUCCUGAGAUUACUCCUAUGAAAGCAAACUGGAAUGUAAACAACGAUGAUGAUACUCCAGAUCCAAAUAAUCUCAGUUCAGAUUUAAAAUGCAGAACCACGCUUUUUAAAGACUGAUUUAACCAUCUGAAUUUCUGUUGGACAGCUCAAGUGUGCUGUCGUUUGACUUUGCACUACAGUAUAUUGCACGCACAGAACUUUUAUCAAGCUUACUUCAAAAACAAACGUUUUGUCACAGAAUAAGCCUACAUGACAACUUCUGGAAAAUGUCUUGGUUAGCAACGUAGACACUUUAAAAACGCUACAUUGGUUGUGGCUUUUGCUGAGGCAAAGCGAACAUUGCUGCUGGAGAACAUUCUCAUUUUGCUGGUUUGAAUGUGUAACUACAGUGAGAACUGCCUCUCCAAGGCAGGAUUCGAAAGUGUUUGAAAUAUCUGUAACAUUUAAAUCAAACAGUGUGAGGAGCUUAAGCAAGCCUUACUUCAAGAAACCUGUUUUCUUAAAAUCAGCAAAAAAUAGUAUUGUUUCUCUACCAGGGCAAACAUGUGGGCAGGGAUCAGGCUGGCAUGUAGGUUGCAGUGGGACCUAUGUCUUUUGCUUUAAUUCAUGUAUCUUUUUGUUAUGAUUAUCAUACAGUCCUUCAGAAAAACCUCUGCAAUUCCCCUAAAUUGCAAAAAAGUUGUAUAUGUGUAGCUAAAUAUACACUGAAACAAUCAAGGAUAUACUUUUUUUAGCCUUUGCUGUUUCCUUUUUAAAUUGCCAAUUUAAGAAGCAAAGUAAACUAUUGGUGUUGUAUUCAAUGAAACACAUAUGGGAGAUAAUGAUUUGACAGUGUGCAAAUUGGAUUAAGAGUCUUCAAGAAAGAACCUGUCAGGCCAAGGGAUUUUGCCUUUUAUAUUUCAAAGCAAAUUGAUGUAUUUUAAUGUCUCAUUGACACAGAUGCCGUCACUGUACUUAUAUAGUGUAUUGUUACUCUAAGUUAUAUUUUUGGAAGCAUUUCUCUGAUGUGCAUUUUAUGCUGUCAAAAUAUUUUUGUAUGUGAGGAGUGUGUUAUUAAUUAAGAGAGCUGAAACUUCAUAACUGAAGUAAUUCUUCUAUUCUUGUUUAUGAACCCAGGGAAGCUUCAGAAGAAUGGUAGAAACCUUUUAAGUACUAUGUUUAAAAUGAAGCACUACUGUGGAUUUCUGUUAAAACCUAGGGUAGGAUAAUUAAAUAUUUAGGCCAUUA